GAUUAAUAAUCCAUGGCAACCACCCAGAAAACUGUGAACUUGAAACUCAUGGUGGACUCCAAAGGCCACAGAGUUCUGUUUGCUGAGGCCGAAAAGGAUUUUGUUGAUUUUCUGUUCAACUUGCUUUCUUUGCCUGUUGCAACGGUGAUAAGGCUUCUAUCAAAACAGGGCAUGAUCGGCAGCCUUGCAUUCCUCUAUGACAGUGUCGAAAACUUAAGUGGGCUUGAAACUGCUUAAGGCAUCAUUGCACUCUUAAGACUCUGCUUACUAAUGUUCUUGGUGAGAAUACUGCGGGUUCUUAUCGAAGUCCUGCCACAGGCUUGGGAAAAGAAAAGCUGGAGUUGGACCUUAGAUUAUUGUCUCGGACAAAAAAAAACGAAAAUGGUUUAUUACAAUCAGUCGACUAUCGAUUGAACCUGUUUUCCAGUAUCUAUAUCUCAUCGUUUUUUCUCCUCGUGAAGAAUCAAAUUUUAAGUAGUGUAACGCUUUUGUAUUUGGAGUGCCAAGGGAAUGGUGUUUUGCUUUCCUCCUUGUUAAAUCUUAAAUGUGUUCUUCCAUAUCCACUUGCUCAAAUUUUGCAUUGUGAAUAGAAACGUCUUUUGAAUUAAUUACCUUGAGUAAUCAAAUUUCAAUCUUGAA